AUGGAUCAGUUCCUUCCAGUUCAGCUGUAUAAUGCAUUUUUUACUCUGAUGCAAUCAUGCUCGCCUGAUAUAUUACAAGUUGAAGACCCACAACCGCUCCAUAAACCUUGCAACCAAAUACUAUUUCCGGUGGAAUCAAAGUCACCACAAAAUACUCCUGAGUUUCAAUCCCUUUUCUUAGAUCAACCUUUUCAUGAAUCCAACUAUUAUGGGGAGAUGCUAGAAAGAAGCUGUCCCGAACAACUUCUAGAAAAGUCCGACCAGCAAGGUUUAUUUCCUAAUGCUAGUACUAAUUAUGAUGCAUUGAGUUUUAACCACGAGCCUCAACAUAUGCAAGAACAAAUAAAAAAUGACGAACCUGUGCAAAUACAAUGGCUGAGUUCAGACUCUUCUCCGAGCUUGAGCCAGCAAACCACUAUAGAUUCAGACGAUUAUAGUGAUUCAGAAAACCCAGUUGUGCCUGGUUUAUUCCCAACAAUGAAUAUUGAUGAUGAUAGCCAAUUUAUGAAGACUGAUUCUUUACCUUUGACUCCUUCUUAUAUUUGUCAAUGA